AUGCAUUGCCACCUAAUGGUAUAUAUGCGUAUUAUUAUCACUACCUUGAUAAUAAUAACAUGUCUAUUGGGUGACAAUUUUGUUGAGCUAACGCAGCAUCCGUUACUUAAAGCUUUGGCCGACAAUGCUACCCAUGCUGUUAUCGGCGCAUUGUCUGGCAUUGCGUUUGCUGUCCAGUUUUAUGAAAAAACGACCCAUUUUUUUGGUUGGUUCCUGAUUUUUGCUUGCUUUGUCUGUUCUUCGCUUAUUGAUUUAGACCAUUUCAUUGCAGCCAGAAGUUGGAAUUUGGAGGAUGCUACAAAUCUUUCACGCCGUCCAUUCCUCCAUUGUUCCACCAUUAUUGUUCUCCUAAUGUUGGCGUAUCUUUGUACUUCUUGCCUUAAUUAUUUCAAGUGGAGCCUUUCCUUGGGUAUUCUGCUGUGCGCAUUUAUAACUCAUCAUACACGUGAUGCAAUACGACGUGGGUACUGGUUUUAUCCAUGGGGACAUACUGAUAAAUUACCACACCUGGCUUAUAUUAUAAUAACUGUAUUGACGCCAUAUGGUGUGAGCAGUUUAUAUGGCAUAUGUCGCAGUACAUCGGUACAACAAUUCCUAGGCCAAUAUGUAAAACUGAAUGAAGGAUCACAUCAUAAAGAUGAGAGAGGUUAUCGUUAUAUGCAGGUAUAA